AUGAAAGGUUUUAUUCCUGUUUUGAUUUCACUAUUGCCCGCUGCUCAAAGCCUAAGAGACGAAACAGUAUCCGGAUCUCACUUCUGCCAAAUUGAUAAAGGUGAAACAGUUAGUUCAAUUUGUAACAUCACAUUCAAUGAAAUAAAUGAAAUCAAUACUUAUAUUAGAAGUGACUUGGAGAAAUUAAUAAGUUCAGAUUUCUUCAAAUACUUUAAAAUUGACCUUCGUAAAGAAUGUACAUUUUGGGACAAUAAAGACGGAUUGUGUUUUAGCCCAGGGUGUGCAGUUGACCCCAUUGAUGAUUGGGCCAAGGUACCAAUGUAUUGGCAACCAGAUAUUUUGGGUAGCAUUACUAACAAUACAACAGAAGAUAUUGAUAUCCAUGAUGAUGAAUGCUCAUUUUUGGAUGAACUUUGUGCAGAGGAAAAGAGAUUACCAGAAAUUCCUGAAUGCAAUUAUUGUGAUGUGAAUGACUUUGAAAAUUCUAAUUGUGUUUUGGUUGACCUUUCUAAGAACCGUGAAAGAUUUACUGGAUAUGGUGGUAAUCAGUCACGAGAAAUAUGGUCCAGUAUAUAUAAUGAAAAUUGUUUUUCUUUUGGAGAAGUUGGGAAAUCGUUAGCUAAGGAUACAUUUUACCGGUUGAUUUCAGGAUUCCAUGCUUCCAUCGGCACACAUGUUGCAUUUGAGCAUUUAAAUUUGGAAGAGGAAGAUUGGGGGCCUUAUUUGGAGGGGUUCAUGGAAAAAGUGGGGAAUUUUCCUGAGAGAGUUACAAACAUUUAUUUCAAUUAUGCUGUUGUAGCAAAGACAUUAUUAAAAAUCCAGCCUUAUUUGAAAAAUAUUGAAUUUUGUAAUGAAUACAAUGAAGAUGUCAAAAGGAAUAUUAUGAACAUUGUAUCACAAUUAGACAGCACAAUUUUUAAUGAAGAUUUGUUAUUUGAAAAUGAAAUAAGCUCCGUUUUGAAGGACGAUUUUAAAAACCGUUUCAGAAAUGUUACCAAGAUAAUGGAUUGUGUUCAAUGUGAAAGAUGUAAAUUAUGGGGGAAACUUCAAGCGGUGGGGUAUGCCACCUGUUUGAAAAUAUUAUUUGAAUUGAACGAAGGCGAUGAGAUCUCAAAGCAAGAUAUAGUGGAUAAAUUAACCAAAUAUGAGCUGGUGGCUUUACUCAAUACAUUUAAUCUUCUCUCUGAAACAAUCGAGUAUGUUAAUGACUUUGAAACGAUAUAUAAUAAACAGGCAUUAUAUGGCGGCGAAAACCAAAUGGUAUCCUUUUUCAAGAAACACAAUUUCUUCAAACUUUUAAAGGCCGGGACAAAAAAUAUGGAGCAAAAAAUCAAAGAGUUUAAAGAUCUUAAUGUUCCACCAGAGGGAAUAGUAGAGGAAAAGAAGGCUGCCAUUCAUAGUCAAUGGGAAAAUGUGUGGGAUGUUAAUGUUGGCACCUUUGUGGAAGGUCUCGACUUCAUUGAAAGAAAGUAUUUCACCCUUGUCAGACAGAUUAAGGAUUGGUUCCAGUGGUUAUUAAACAGAGUGCGCCAUUAA